AUGCGCGCCCUCCGCUCGUCGACAGCCUCCGCGGCCACCUCGAUGUCUCGUCGAGCCUUCUCCAGCACCAUGGACACUACGAUGCUCACCGAGUCCCAACGUGAAGUGCGCGAUGGUGUGGCCGAGGUCUGCAAGAACUUUCCAAACUCGUACUGGCGUGAACGUGACCAGACCAAGACGUACCCCUUUGAUUUCCACAAGGCGAUCGCGGACGGUGGCUGGCUCGGCGUCUCGCUGCCCGAGGAGAACGGUGGUUCCGGUCUUGGCGUGUCGGAGGCAUCCAUCAUGAUGCAGACUAUCACCGAAAGUGGUGCUGGCUUCCCCGGUGCCCAGUGCACACAUGCCAACAUUUACGCGACCCAGCCUCUCGCGGUGUUUGGCUCAGCCGAGCAGCGUGCACAGCUGAUUCCCAAGAUUAUCUCGGGAGAGUACCGUUCAUGCUUCGGAGUGACGGAGCCCAACGCAGGCCUCAACACGCUCGAGCUCACGACCACCGCUACAAGGUUGGAGAAUGGAGAUUGGGGCCAAAAGAUCUGGAUCACCAAUGCGCAGAACGCCCACAUCAUGUUCCUCCUCGCUCGUACGACACCCGUGGACCAGGUUAAGAAGAAGUCUGAGGGUCUCACCAUGUUUGCCAUCCCAGUCGACAAGUCCAAGAACGGCAUCGCGAUCAAGGCCAUCAAAAAGAUGGGUGGUGGCUGCGUCGACUCGAACGAAGUGUGGUUUGACGACUAUGUGGUGCCCGGCGACUGCGUCAUUGGCGGCGAGGAGGGUAUCGGCAAGGGCUUCCGCAUCAUCCUGCACGGCAUGAACUCUGAACGGUGUCUUGUCGCUGCCGAGGCUCUGGGUAUUGGAUACGCCGCACUCCAGAAGGCCGCCGACUAUGCGGGCGACCGUGAGGUAUUUGGACGCAAGAUUGGCCAGAACCAGGGUAUCGCCCACCCACUCGCCGACGCCUGGGCCCAGCUUCACGCAGCUUCUCUGGCGACAUACCAUGCCGCAAGGCUGUACGACAACGCCCUUGUUGACAAGACCAUCUCGCCCAUCACCGUUGGUACGGCAGCCAAUACGGCCAAGAUGCUCGCGGCCGAGGCCGGGUUCAAUGCCGCCCAACGCGCAAUCCUCACACAUGGCGGCAUGGGCUUUGCAGCCGAAUUUGACGUCGAGCGGAUGCUCCGGGAAUCAUUCGUGCCGCGCAUCGCUCCAAUCAGUGGCGAGAUGAUUCGCAACUACAUCUCGGAGCGUGUGCUCAACCUCCCCAAGAGCUACUAG